GUACCAGAGCAGCGUUGCUUUCUCAAGCUUCAUAAGAUCCACAGGGCACGUCAGAGGUCCAUUUAGCCCAAUAUCCUAAUUCUACAGCUGAGGGAAUUGAAUGAGGCCCAGGUGAAGUAACAUCUUGAAGGUCACUUAGGUAAUAAGUAAGAAAGUAUAAUUUAAGGACCUAAUUAUGAGUGAUCAAAUCAAAUUCAUUGUGGAGAAGCUCAAUAAGGAGCCUUUUAAGAAGAACUACAAUUUAAUCACAUUUGAUUCCCUGGAGCCAAUGCAACUAUUACAAGUUCUCAAUGAUGUUCUCGCGGAGAUUGACCCGAAGCAAGUUGUUGACAUAAGAGAAGAGAUGCCAGAUCAGACAGCUAAGCGGAUGUUGAGCCUUCUUGGUAUCCUUAAAUAUAAACCUCCAGGAAAUGCCACGGACAUGAGUACCUUUCGCCAGGGUCUGGUUAUUGGAAGUAAACCUGUGAUUCACCCAGUUCUACACUGGCUUCUUCAGCGGACUAACGAACUAAAGAAAAGAGCGUACUUAGCUCGUUUCUUAAUAAAACUUGAGGUCCCACCUGAGUUCCUUCAGGAUGAAACUGUGGCUGACACCAAUAAACAGUAUGAAGAACUAAUGGAAGGUUUCAAAACCUUACAUAAAGAAUGCGAACAACUCAAAACAUCUGGAUUUUCUACUGCAGAAAUACGAAGGGAUAUCAGUGCAAUGGAGGAAGAAAAAGACCAACUCAUUAAGAGAGUAGAACGUUUGAAGAAAAGGGUGGAGACAGUGCAGAAUCAUCAACGGAUGCUUAAAAUAGCACGGCAACUUCGAGUUGAAAAAGAAAGAGAAGAAUUUUUAGCACAACAGAAACAGGAACAAAAGAACCAGCUUUUUCACGCAGUGCAGAGACUGCAAAGAGUGCAGAACCAGCUGAAAAGCAUGAGGCAUGCAGCAGCAGAUGCAAAGCCAGAAAGUUUAAUGAAGAGACUUGAAGAGGAGAUAAAGUUUAAUUCGUAUAUGGUAUCUGAGAAAUUUCCCAAAGAAUUGGAUAAUAAGAAAAAAGAAAUGCAUUUCUUACAGAAAGUAGUUUCAGAGCCAGCUAUGGGACAUUCUGAUCUCCUUGAACUUGAAGCCAAGAUAAAUGAAGUGAAUACUCAGAUCAAUCAGCUCAUUGAAAAGAAAAUGAUGAGAAAUGAGCCAAUUGAAGGCAAACUUUCAUUGUACAGGCAACAGGCAUCAAUAAUUUCUCGUAAAAAAGAAGCCAAAGCUGAGGAACUCCAGGAAGCCAAGGAGAAGCUGUCCAACCUGGAGCGGGAGGUGUCGAUGAAGGCAACUCAGACCCGUGAAUUUGAUGGGACUGAAGUUCUGAAAGGAGAUGAGUUUAAACGUUACGUCAGUAAACUUCGGAGUAAGAGUACAGUUUUCAAAAAGAAGCAUCAAAUAAUAGCUGAAUUUAAAGCAGAAUUUGGCCUUCUGCAGAGGACAGAGGAGCUGUUAAAGCAGAGGCACGAGAACGUCCAACAUCAGCUGCAAACCAUUGAGGACAAAAAGGGCAUCUCUGGCUACAGUUACACCCAGGAGGAGCUAGAGAGGGUCUCUGCCCUAAAAAGUGAGGUAGAUGAAGUGAAAGGACGAACACUGGACGGCAUGUCAGAAAUGGUAAAAAAACUGAAUUCACUGGUGGCUGAAAAGAAGUCAGCGUUAGCCCCAAUUAUCAAAGAGUUAAGACAGCUGCGACAGAAUUGUCAGGAACUGACACAGGAGUGUGAGGAAAAGAAAUCACAGUAUGACAGCUGUGCAGCAGGUCUAGAAAGUAAUCGGUCCAAACUUGAGCAGGAAGUUAGAGGGCUUCGGGAAGAAUGUCUUCAAGAAGAAAGCCGAUACCAUUAUACAAACUGCAUGAUUAAGAAUCUAGAAGUACAGCUGCGGCGAGCAACUGAUGAGAUGAAAGCCUAUGUCUCCUCUGAUCAGCAGGAGAAGCGGAAGGCCAUCAGGGAACAGUAUACCAAGAAUAUUGCUGAACAAGAAAACCUUGGGAAGAAACUUCGGGAAAAACAAAAAACUGUACGAGAAAGCCAUGGUCCCAACAUGAAGCAAGCUAAAAUGUGGCGUGACUUUGAGCAAUUGAUGGAGUGUAAGAAACAGUGCUUUCUGAAACAACAAAACCAAACCUCCAUUGGUCAGGUAAUUCAGGAGGGAGGCGAGGACCGACUGAUUCUCUGAAUUCAUGUAUAAUCUCUUUGGGUUGAUAAUAGGUACUAGUGAUAAUCUUGUCCCCACGGUGUUUGUUGGGUUUUUUUUUACCUUAAAAAAAUCUGUCACUUUUAUCGAAUAUGUUGGUCACAAAUUAGCUUUUCCCUAAUGAUUUUUCAUGGAAAGUCAUCUUAGGGCUUAGAUUUGGAGCUUUGUUCAGUUUUUUUUUAUUUAAAGGAAUAGGCAUUGUUUUUUCCUGUUUAACCAUUAGUGAUGUUUUCUGGUUUUAUUACAACCUGGAUAUUUAAACGUGUGCCCAUUAAGAAACAUGUAGUUUUAUAAAAAAGCACAAUAACCCCAAACUCUUAAUGUUUUUCUCAAUCUUUUUUUUAACUUUAGAGGAGUCUUUUAGGAACUUUUCUCUCUUGUUUUGAAGAAAUAUUAAUCUGAGGUUCAUCAGUUUUCUUCAGUUUCUCUUCUGUUAAAUAUAAGUAAAAUUAAAUUUAUUUUAAUGUGUUAACAGUUUUGUUCUAUUCAUGUAACUUAAAGACCAAUAAAACUUGUUCCAAGUAC